CGACAAGCAGUUAGGCGGCCGUGGGAAAGGAAGGGAAGGACACGGGGCUGGAAGUGGCAGUGCAGCCGGCCAGGUGUGCCCCGGAGCCGCUACAGGAGGGUGCUCGCCGGUUCUAGCAGUGUCCUGUCCGCCCAGUCUUACUUCCAGCGCGGCCGCAGCCGGCCCUGGGCCGCGACAGAGCGGGCGCCUCAGCGGGCCCCCGCCGCGGUGCUCCCUGGCUAUGGCCUCCGGUGCGGGCCUGGCCCGCUGCCUGCUGCGUGGUGCCUCGUCCCCGGCCUGCCACAAAACAUAAGUACUCCAGGAGGCCGGAGAGCAGGAGGUAAUUCCCCCUUGCCUGUCUGCGGUUCCCCAGUUCCCACAGCCCUACAUCCCCCCGAUGCUGUCGUCCUUCAGCCGCCCUGCCGCUCCGGGCCGGAGACCUCGAGCUGUUGCCGUGAGAGAUCUGAAAAUAAGUGCCAAGUGAUGCCUCAAGCACAAACUCUUGAAGUUGGAUACGUCUGCUUUCUUUCCUACAGAGGUUGGUUUAGUGAAAUAACUGCCGGACCCAUUUUGAACAGGAGGAAGUAAGUUCAAUUUAAAACUAACCUCAGUUCACCAGUGAUGCAGUGCCUGUCUAUAUAACACAGAAGACAGAGGUUGGAGAUCUGCUUGCUUGUAAUUGAACAUGGCAGGAGAUGUGAAAAGAUUCACACGCAUGCUACUGGAAUGCAACAGCAAUGACAAGCUGUGUGUUGUGCGUGAAUAUCAGACUGAAGUGAUUGUUGUCCCAGCUCUCCUUGUGGGUUUUUUUGUCAUUCUGCUAACUGUGAUCCUUUGGCUGCAUUGCCGAGGCUUGCGAACAAGAACAAAGCGGGAGGAAUCAUCAUCAUCUGGACAACAAGUGAACAACAAGAAUCAGCAGGAAUCCAGUUCACAAGAGAACCACUGUAUACAGCUGAAUGAGAUCCUGCUGAGUUCUGCAUCCUUGACUCUGAAAGAACUGCAGAUACCACGAGAAAAACUCUCACUAGGCAGUCUGCAGAUAGUAAAACAUGGCCGCAAUGGGAGCAUCUACAGAGCAGAAUUGGAAACUAGGAACUCGGGGAAGACUAAGAGUGUCAUACUGAAAGCCUUACAAGACCUGGUUAGUCACCAGGAAGUAAAGGAUUUCCUGGGAAGAAUUAAAUUCCAUCAAAAUCUUGGCUAUCAUGAGAACCUGGUUGAAUUGUUUGGAUGCUGUGUAGAUCGAUUCCCACUUUAUAUGGUAAUGGAAGAUGUAUCUCUUGGUGACCUGCUAAAGUUUCUAUGGACAUGUCGUAAGGAUGUAAUGACAAUGGAUGGUGUCCCCUACGACCUCACUGAAAGGCAAGUGUACGAAGUUGGACAACAAGUUGCAGCAGCUCUAGCUUACCUUGAACAGAAGAAGUUGUUCCAUGGUUACAUCGCUGCCAGGAAUGUCCUACUCCAGCACAACUUCACUGCCAAGCUCUGUGGUUUUGGACUGGCCUAUAAAGCUCAUACAUAUGGUGCCAGCUCAGUCACAGAAAUGGUGCCAGUAAAGUGGCAGGCACCAGAACGGCUUCUAAAGAACCCCCCUAGCAUCAAGACAGACAUAUGGUCUUUUGGAAUUCUACUGUAUGAAAUGAUUACAUUAGGUGAUCCACCAUAUCCUGAGGUACGACCUUCUGACAUGUUGCCAUACCUGCAGAGACGAAACAUUAUGAAACAGCCCUCAAGCUGCCACCCAGCCAUGUACAGCAUCAUGAAAUCUUGUUGGCAGUGGAAUGCAACUGACAGGCCUUCUCCAUCAGACCUGAUCCAGAGCCUACAAACAGCUAUGAAGACGAGCAAUGACCAGAGAGUUCUGCAGGUUCCUGAGCUAGUGGAUCCUGAACUCUAUGCUGAUGUCACUGGUGUUGCAAUGGACAGUCUAGUGAGUGACUAUACUGUACUUUGAAGGACUCUUUCUCAUAUUAGUAAAAGAGAGGUCUCUGUAUUUGCCUAUUCAAGACACUUGGCAAACUCAGAAUGAGAUGUUUAUGUAUAUACUUCAGAUCUGUCCUCCACACUUGAAAUAAUGAACUGGUAGUAGCAGUACUUUUAAAUCACCCUGAUACCAUUUUGAUGGUGGUCAUUUCAAAGCAAAAUGGAUUUAGGAAGCUAUAGAAAAUGUAACGAGAAAUUUGAGUUUUAGGUUUUUUGAGAUCUCUAUCCAGUUUUCUUUCCCAUGAAACUGCAUCACUUGAGUAUUCAGAAGAGGAGGUGUCCUGAGGAAUAUGCUCUUGGGCACAAUCUUACUGGAAAAAGUGGAUAGAAUAGGUAACAGAAAUUGAUGGUUUCCUGUCCUGUCAACAGUUUACAGGCUGGUUCAGCCCCGUUCCGUGACUAGCGGGCUGAGGGUACCCACAGACCCAUGUCCUGGGAAAGGGAAAAUGGUAGGGAGAUGGACCUAAAAACAAAACAGCGACAAUGAUCUGAGGAGAAACAAACUAAUUUACUAAAAAUGAUAUCAAAAUGCAAGAUAACACGAUAUAAUACAAUAUAAUACAGUAUAAUUGGAAUUGAAGAUAAUAAAUCAAAUAAAAUGAGAGAGUGUCCAAAAACUGAAGGCCUUAUAAGCUAAGGCGAUACAGCACCUGCAAGAGAGACAAGCCAGAAGAUCAAAAAGGGAGGUCUUGUGAUCUGCAAACAGUUUUUAUUUUUCCCUCUGAGCAGAAAACAGUAAUGGCACAGUGAAACAGUCCUUUGGGAGAUGUAGUUCUUCUCUUCUGGGACAGGUACCCAGAACUGGAGCAUUAACUCUUUAACUCCCAGUACAGUACAUCAUGUUAUGAUGUUAUGAUGUGGAAUACUGAUAACAAAAAUCAUAAAACCAUGACACUGUCCAUUAUUUUCACAUUCACUAAAGGCCUGUGUGAUUAAGUUGCAUUAUUGCCCGUUAAGUUCUCAAUAAAUGUCUGGGAUCUCUCCAGAGCUUUGCAUGAAAGAAUAGGCACUGUAUAUUUUAAACAAAAUAAAAUGCUUACAUACCUGUGA